CUUGGAUGCUCCGUAGAUGACUAAUCCAUGAAUGCACAGUACAGCACCACGGAGAACGUUGGCAGAAUUCCCAAAACGGAAAAGCUCUGCCACACCGUCGCACGGAGGUGCAACUAAAACACUUGUAUCAAGAACAGCUGGUCGGAUGAAACAUCCUGGUCUUCUCAAUUCAUCGCAAUGGCCUCCUUAACUUCGCUGCUGCAGCGAACCACAAUUGAAGACCACGAAGAGGUAUUGCAGUCGUCGAACGCGGCACUAGCGAAGUCUAAGUCGGAUCUUUACGCUCAACAUGUCAAGGUGGUUGCGCUCUUGAAACUCGACCGAUAUGAGGACUCACUGCGCGUUUUCGAAGAGAGCGGUGACGCUUUGAAAAGGAGAGCUUCAUUGGAGUAUGCAUAUGCGCUCUACAAAUGUGGGCAGCUAGAGAAGGCCGUGGACGUUGUUGCUCGGGUCGACGAUGGGAGGGGUGCGAAACACUUGGAGGCACAAGCGGAAUAUCGUGCUGAGAACUUUCAUCGCACCGCGGAGAUCUACGAGGCGCUAUUUAACGACAAGGAAGGGCUGGGUAACGAAGAAAAUGAUCUUCGCAUCAACUCCUGGGCCGCAGAUGCGCAAUUGCAGUGGAAAGGACAUUCGGAGCUUGUUCGUCAUGCUAGACCUAUGAGGGAUGACCUAGAGGCUUUCGAGACGACAUAUAAUGCGGCUUGUUUGAGUAUUGCGAAGGGAGAGCUCAGCCAAGGCGAAUUGCUCUUGAAGCGGGCCAAAGAAUUAUGUAGGACGUCGGAGGACCUUACACCUGAGGACAAGGCGGCCGAAUUACUUCCGAUUGCGGUCCAGCAUUUAUAUGUUUUAAUUAGACAGGGUAGACUGGAGGAGGCAGAGUCUAUCGCGGAGGAGAUAUCUGUUAGCGACAUCCCUGAACAAUCGACGAAGAAGAUCGCCCAGAAUAAUGUCGUCCUGGCCCGUCAAAAGUCUGCUAAUCCGUACCUACUCUAUAAGGCUUUCCAUGAAACGCCAACAUCUAGCGAUAACGACAGACUAUUUGACUAUCAAAACAAUAUUUUAGUUGGUAACUCCCACUCUGCAGAUCUCCUUGUCCACAAGUUCAACGGGGUCAUCCGAUCGACGUCAAAGGCGCUCUCCCAGAAACCUUCACCGUCUACUGAACCAAGCACCGCUCUCCUUUCUGUCUAUAAUGCUGCUGCCCACGCACAGGGACAGAUGGGGGCGACAGGCUUGAAGGCAAUUCUUCCUUUGCUCGAGACACGACCCAAAGACCUGGGAUUAUUAUUUACUGCCGUUCAGCUUUACGUUAGCCUGGGGAAAAUCACACCCGCCAUAUCCACUGUAGAGAAAACUCUAUAUGCUCUGGAUGAGUCUAUUUCAGAAGCAGAAAAGGACGUUCGAUUUAACCCCGGGCUCCUUAGCGUUCUCAUUUCGCUGUACAAGCUGCAGGGCCGCAAGGCCCAAAUUCGAACAGAACUAUCCAAGGCUGCAUCUCACUGGCGAGAACGGGCGGACGCAUCGGCCCCAUUACUCCGGGCUGCAGCAUCAUCGCUCCUUGACUCCCACAACCGUUCAGACCUGGAUAUGGCCGGGGAGCUGUUCAAGUCUCUGUACCAGAAAAGCCCCGACGACCGUUUAGCAAUUGCGGGAUACGUAGCCUCACAAGCGACAGUGGACUUUUCUAAAGUUGAGUCUCUGUUGAUCAAAUUACCUUCCCAGCAUGACCUGGUUGCAGAUAUCGAUACCAGUACCCUCGAGAAGGCGGGACUUUUGCUCUCUCCAUCCACCGCUGCUACGAUUGCAACUGCCAGAAAACGGACCUCGGAAGGUAAAGAAGGUCGCGUGACGAAACGGAUCCGGAAAUCCCGUCUCCCCAAGGACUACGAUCCGAGCAAGACCCCAGACCCUGAGCGCUGGCUGCCUCUUCGGGACCGCUCGACGUAUCGGCCGAAGGGACGUAAAGGCAAGCAGAGGGCGGCAGAUAGAAUGCAGGGAGGCAUGGUUAGCGAGAAGGUGGAAGAGCCGACCGGCGUUUCCGGUGGUCAACCGGCGCAGAGGCAGACCGGAGGGGGAGGGGCUAGCUCGAAGAAAAAGAAGAAGGGCAAGCGGUAGAUGCAUUCGUAUAGUUCGCAUGCCUACCUAGGUAAAAAUGAAGCAUUUGGAGACGACCGCUCUUUCGUAUAGAUCACGUGUAA